AAGUCGAAGAACCAACUGCAGGUCACAAGAAAGCGAAGAAGAUUGACAGCCAACUAACAGCUUUACUUUUAACUGCUUUUUGGUUUUCGAUUUGAAGAUUGUUGUUUCUUGUGGACAGUAUUUUUCAGGAUGUUCUGUAUUAUCUUUAAAGAGCUCUCGACUUAUCGCAAUCCAUUAUACAUGGAGCAUCGGUACGAACCUCUUUCCUUAAACCUUUUCGCCGCCUAUGUACUUACUGUGUUCAGAUUGUCUGUAUUGAGUUUGUCGAAAGAUUGGAUUUGAUUUGAUUCGUUGGAGUCGUCGAAGAUGGGAUGUGUUGGAUCGUCGCAGGCGAAUUCUACAGGAACUGUUACAGAUAUCCGAAAGCCAAAAGCCUGGAAACAUCCCCAACCGAUCACGAAAAGUCAGUUGAUACAGCUGAGAGAAGAGUUUUGGGACACGGCGCCUCACUAUGGUGGCCGGAAAGAAAUUUGGGAUGCGCUCCGGGCUGCAGCGGAAGCUGAUCUCACCCUCGGUCGAGCCAUCAUCGAGAGCGCCGGAAUCAUCGUUCACAACCCGGAUUUAACGCUUUGCUUCGACGAACGAGGUGCAAGAUAUGAAUUGCCCAAGUAUGUCUUGAGUGAGCCUAAAAACUUGAUCCCAGAUCCUUAGAACAUUUUUCAUUUUUGGUGAUCAUGUUUGUUUGUUUGUUUGUGUUUUUUUUUCUUUUUCUUUUUUUUUUUUUUUUUUUUUUUUUUUUGGGCUAGGGUAUGUGUAGUGAGGAGUGUUCUGUUUGAUCUGCUGUACUUGUCCAAUUAUAAUAUGGGUGAGUUUACUGCUUCUGAUUUUACUAUUUUAAUUUUUUUUAAAAAAAAUAUCAAAUAAAUACUUAUUUUUUAUUUAUUAUAUUGUAUUAAAAUUUAAUUUUAAUUUAAAAUAUCAUAUCAAACAAUU